AGGUGAAAUGACCCAUAAUAUUAAUUUCCCAGUUUCCAAAACCCUUAUCCAAUUUCCAAAACCCUCACUGUGACUUGUGUCUACUCACUAGCUGACCCCAAAAGCUCCAAACUUUGAAUCCAAACCUUCAUCUUCACCCAAAAGCAAAACUACCCAGAAUCUGAAACAGCUCAACAAGUCCAUCUCCAACAAUAAAUCUUCAAAAUUCACAGUAAUUUAUACCAGCUCUUCUGGUCAGACAUUGAUGCUGCGUUAGAGCCAAAUGGCAUCAAUAUCAACAACUUGGCUCUAUCAAGAUAGGGGAUUGAAAGGUACGGUCUUUUCACAGAGCCAUGCUGCUGGGAACCCAUGUUUCAAUUACAAGUACAGACAUCGUUUGCUAGAUCAUUUCCAGUUAGAGUUGGCUUAAGUAUAUCUCCGAGGAGGGGACCUUUACUUCCUUGUAUAAAGUGUGAGAAGAAUGAUGAAUCUUCCAAAGAUGUGUCUGCUGAUGAAUCUUCCAAGGAAUCUUCUAAAGAUGUGUCUAUUGAUGAAUCUCCAAAAGAGGUUACGAAAGAGGUGACCGUCGAGCGUGCACCCUACUAUAGUUAUUUGGACUCUACAUCUGGGCAACUUGAACCAGCAUCUGGUGCUCGUGCCAGCAUUCCCGGACAGGAUUAUUGGCCUGAAGGGACUGCUAGUCGAGUUAGGGCUGCCAAUGCACCCGAGCCAACUGGUGAGUCUGUUGGCUCUCCAUCUUUUGGUAGAAGUCCUGGAAGUAGGAGGAGGAAGAAGAAAGCAUCAGUUGAGGCUCAUGACUCUUCUGACCUGAGUGUAAAAUCAAGUGAACUAGUGGCAGUGGCAAUGGAACCAGAGAUUUUGGAGGACACAAUGGAAGACGUUAAAGAUAUCUCAUCUGACUAUGUGGUCUAUCAGACGGGACCUGAAAAAGAAGAAGAAACAGGAUAUGAACUAGACAAGAAACUUGGACGCCCUCAUCCAUUUAUUGAUCCAGAAACUAAGAAGCCAUUAGAAGAGCCGCUUACAAGUGACGAACUAUGGUGGAACUGGAGAAAGCCAGACAAGGAACAAUGGUCCAGAUGGCAAAGGAGGCGACCCGACAGUGAAACGGUUUUUCUCAAAGCAAUGGCAGAGACUGGGCAAGUAAAGCUUUAUGGAGAAGAGCCAACAUUGACUGAAACUUCACUUUACAGAGCAAGGCGACAUCUUUUUAAGGAAGAAAGGCUUCAAGCGGAACAAGAGAAACUGGAUAAGAUUGGUCCGCUUGCAUAUUAUUCAGAAUGGGUAAAAGAUUGGAAGAGAGACACUUCUCGAGAAGCUGUUCAAAAGCAUUUUGAAGAGACUGGUGAAAAUGAAACAACCCAACUAAUUGACAUGUUUGGUCAUCAAACAGAUCGGGAGUAUCGCAUAAUGAUGGGGACUGAUAUCCGAAUAAAGAGGGAUCCUUUAGCAAUGCGAAUGCCGGAGGAUCAAAUAAAGCAAAUAUGGGGUGGAGAUCCAGUGUACCCAACUGUUAACUAUAUUCAAGAUCCAGAUGAAGUGAUUGAUUACAGAGGCCCUGAUUUUCAUGAACCAACACCAAAUAUGCUGUCUUUUCUGAAGGAGCAUGGAAAAAUCAUAUCAAGGGACGAGCUUGAGAAAAUUCUGUCAAAGGAGAAGACCGAAGUGAUUGAGGCACCUGAUAUAGAUGAAGCUAUGGCACGAGCUGUUGACAUUGGCGAAAAUGAUGAUGAAGGAGAAGAUAGUGAGGCAGAGGUUGAUGAACAAGGGGAGAAAAUCACACGCAAUUGGAGUGUUUUGAAAAGUACUCCUCAGCUUACCAAGUCGAAGGAAAAACCCAAAAAGGAAGGUCCCAUGUCUUUGGAUGAGGCUGUAGACGAUUCAGAGAACUUAACUGAUUUCCUUAUGGAUUUUGAGGAAGAGUAGAUAUAUUCUUUUAGAAUCUUUUGGUUUCUUAGAAAUUCAGAGAAAUAGCCAGUAAGUAGGUGUGUGCAAUAUGUAAGCUGCUUGUAAAACUGGAAGUUAUUAAUAUGAAUCAGACAGAAGCUUUGGGAAGUUCAUGGCUAUUCAUGCCACA